AUGUCAGAUGAGGAAAACGCUGAGGAUGAGUUUGAGCCUGUUGAUGAAGAGGUAGAGUGCUCUGAAGAAGAGGCAGGAGGCUCAUCAGAUGAGCUGACAGUCACAAAGCAAGAUGAAAGGUGUCGGCCAAUGCGGGUCAGGACUGUAAAGGCCUGGGAGCACACCACACUGCACACAGUGGAGUCACACGUCUACUUUAAGAAAGAGGGUGGGGCCAAUACAAAACCUCCCCCCGCCUGGGACCCAACUCACCCCCACCCAGCUUCUCUCCUGUCCCCACGACAAUACCGUCACACUCUCCAGGGAACGACGGCUCCGUCAGACGGCACAGCAGUGAAACACUCCUUGACAUAUUUUCUGACUGGAUCCUCUGGACCCCAAACCUUCCCAGAGUUUGUGGCUGUUGCAAUGGUUGAUGAAGUUCAGUUGGGUUACUGUGACAGCAACAUCAAGAGAGCAGAACCCACACCGGACUGGGCAAAAAAAAUAAUCAAAGAUGAUCCUCAGCUUUUGGGGGUUUACACUGUGACCUGUAUGACUCUCCAAAGGAUUCUAAAAGACAUGGUCGAACUGAAUCGGCACUUUGACCAAACUGGAGAUGUCCACAUUUUACAGAUUAUGGCUGGCUGUGAAUGGGAUAAUGAGACUGAAGAGACUACUGGUUUUGUUCAGAUCGGUUAUGAUGGAGAAGACUUCUCAUCAUUUGACCUGAAGACACUGAGAUGGAUCGCUUCCAAACCACAAGCUAUCAUUAUUGAACGCAUGUUGGAGAGUCACAGCUUUGGAUUAAACUACAUUCAGAACCUCCUCACCAACGUUUGCCCUCGGGGGGUGAACAAGAGUCUGGACUAUGGGAAGAGCUCUCUGCUGAGAACAGAGCUUCCCUCAGUGUCUCUCCUCCAGAAGACUCUCUCCUCUCCAGUCAGCUGCUUCGCUACAGGUUUCUACCCUCACAGAGCCGAUAUGUUCUGGAGGAAAGAUGGAGAGGAGCUUCAUGAGGAACGUGGAGAGAUCCUCCCCAACCAUGAUGGAUCCUUCCAGUUGAGUGUUGACCUGAACCUUUCAUCAGUGUCACCUGAUGACUGGAAGAAGUACGAAUGUGUGUUUCAUCUCUCUGGUGUAAAGGACGACAUCAUCACCAAACUGGACAAAGCUGUGAUCAGGACCAACCGGGAGAUACUUACAGAUAUGACCAUCCCCAUCAUUACAGUGGUUGCUCUUGCUGUCAUCCUUAUAGCUGCUGCUGGAUUCAUGUUUUACAAAAAGAAGAGAGCUUCUGACAACAGCACUGAGCUCUCUGAGCAACCGAAUCCAGAAGCCAGAGUACAGUGAGAGAUUUCAUGUAGGAUGAAAAAAAUUAAAGACCGAUUAUUCACACUUCCAGUUAAUCAAAGCUGCCCACUUGUGUACACAAAAUACAAAUUGUUUCCUAAUUCAGUGUUAAACCUCUCUGUCAUAUUCUAGCUGGAAAAAAAAUCUUUAACUAAUGAUGAUAGUACAUUGAAAGCAUAGUAGAUAAAUUAAGUCUGGUUACCAAUAUAUUCCAAAAUGAGAUAUUUUAUAUCUAAAUCAAUCAAUCAAUCAAAUGUGUGUUUUUGACAUUGUGUUUUAUGCCUGAUUAUAUCAUGGAGACUGAAGUUUUUCACAUAGUGUCAUUGUCUGUCUGAAUAUAUACAUUUAUAUUUUAAUAUUGCAGUGCCCGUUCAAAAUGUGCCUGACUAUCAGUAGAUGCUACAAUUUACCGAUGCUCCCUAAACACCUCACAUGCCGAAUAUCUGGAGUCUACAAUUUUGAGUUGAGCUGAAGUUGAUUGGAUGAACUGUAGUGCCCGAUCAAAACCUGCCUGAGACAUCCUGCACUAUGUUUUGAACAUACAUACAAAGUUCUUGUGUGUGAGGAACGGAAAUAGAGCUUAACUCUCUAAACUUUUUCAAUUCAUUCUCUGUGGUAGUUCUUAUCACUACAGAUGUAAUUCCAUCCCUGACCACAAUGUGACUUGCAAUGGGAAACUGUCAGUAUUUCUGCCUGUUAAAUCCAUGUGCAGUAGAGGACGCAGAAGCAACAUUGUUUAUGAGGUAUUUUUACAUAUUUCUGAACGUACCUGAGACAUCCAGCACUAAGUCUUGAAUGUACAUGCCAAGUUUCAUUCACAAUUACGUUACACAUUUCAAUAGUAGAGCUUAAGUCUCUUAAACGUUUUCAAGUCACAUAGCAACACUAUGUCCCACCUCUGACCACAGUGUGGGUUACAAUGGCAGCGUGGCGCUGUCCAUAUUUCUGCUCAUUGACUCCACAGGCAGAAGAAGAAGCAUAUCACCAUUAUCAACGUAAUUUAUGAGGUAUUUUUAUAUAUUUCUCGAGAACUGCUCAUCCAAACAACUUCACACAUCGACAUUGCACUUCCUCGU